UCCUGUCAGAAGAGCCGCAGACUGUAAGACCCAGGGCAGAUCUGAUCUCUUCAGUCCGUGUACACACAGAGAUGUCGGAGUCCCCAGACGCCCGCAGCCUAAUCUCUGCCUCCUCCCAUCUCAACCUGAUGGAGGUGGACCCGAUCGAUGAUAAGGAGUUUGACAUUCCCCAAGUGGACACACCUCCCACACUGGAGAGCAUCCUUAAUGAGCUGGACGAUGAGGAGGAGCCCUUUAUGUUGGAAGACACAUGCACACUGAGCACAGACAACAUGGAUGCUCAUUCCUGUGACACAUCCUCUCUGGCCAGUUCGGACAGUGGAGACCCUGCACAUCUCAAACGAAAAAGGAGGAUGGUGGAUCUAAAUGCAACAGUUCAUGGUUCUGUUCUUCGACACAGCCUGCUGAAGGGAAUCUCUGCACAAAUCGUCUCAGCUGCUGACAAAGUGGAUGCUGGACUGCCAACUGCUAUAACAGUGUCGGGUGUGAUUGCUGUGGGGACGUCUCAUGGUCUGGCUCUGGUUUUUGAUACCAACCAGGCCCUGCGACUCUGCCUGGGCACCAAGACAACUGGGGCAGAGUUUGGAGCUGUCUCCGCCCUCAGCAUCAACCACGAUUGCUCACGACUUCUCUGUGGAUUUGCCAAAGGACAGAUUACAAUGUGGGAUCUAGCCAAUGGGAAACUGCUGAGAACUAUCACCGAUGCCCAUCCUCCAGGGACAGCUAUACUGCAUGUUAAGUUCACAGAUGACCCAACUCUUGCAGUGUGCAAUGACAGUGGAGGAUCAGUGUUUGAGCUGGCCUUCAGGAGAGUAAUGGGGAUGCGCACCUGUGACUCUCGAUGUCUCUUCAGUGGGUCUAAAGGGGAGGUCUGCUGUAUUGAGCCUCUGCGUGCUCCUCCAGACUUCAGAGACCAUCCCAUCACACACUACUCUCUACUGGCCAUGGCCUCGCUCACUAAAAUUCUGGUCAUUGGCCUGAAGCCCACCCUGAAAGUCUGGAUGACUUUUCCCUACAGCAAGUCUGAUCCAUCCAGCGUUCCUCAGCUGGCCUGGCAGUUUGUUACUGCUCAGAAGACAGUCAACCCUAUCCUGGCUUUUUGUAAAGGAGACACAGUCCACUUCCUGCUGGUUAAAAAGGAGGAGACGGGGACAAUCCAUGUAAUCAAACAAAGACAACUCCACCUCAGCUGUGACAUCAUCAGCCUGAGUUGGAUCAACAGUCGCACACUGGUCUUGGUAGACAGCCAUGAAAAGCUGCACGUUGUGGACCGGCCCAGUCAGGAGAUUUUGGAGACGCUGGACUUGGAGCAGGUGCAACUGGUCUAUAACAGCCGACAUUUCAAAUCGCUGGCUACUGGAGGGAAUGUCUCCCAGGCUCUGGCCCUAGUUGGAGAGAAGGCCUGCUACCAGUCGGUCUCAAGCUAUGCAGGACAGAUCAUAUAUUUGGGCACUAAGUCAUCUCACAUUAUGACUCUACGAAACUGGAGAGAGCGUUUAGACUGUCUGCUGAAACAGGAGCAUUUUGCUGAAGCGCUCACUUUGGCCUGGUCUUUCCAUGAGGGAACUGCUAAAGCUGUGGUUGGCCUGUUUGGAGAUCCGAUAAAAAGGAAGGGAGUGGUAGCUGACAAGAUGGUAGAGAUCCUUGGCCAGUUUGCUGAUCACACUUUGAAGAAGUGUCCAGAACAAGGCAAGAUCCAAGUGAUGGAGCAACAUUUCUAUGAUGUGGUUCCAGUCCUGGUGGAUUACUGCCUGCUGCUACAGAGAGUUGACCUGCUGUUCAGCCAUCUGUAUACUCGCCUGGUGGAGAACACAGUUUCAAAGGGAGUUUUCCUGGAGUCGCUGGAGUCAUACAUUGUUGCUGAUCGUCUUGGUCACUUGACCACACCCAUCAUGAGGGACCUCCUGGCUCAUUACCAUGGCAACGGUAUGAUGGACAGUCUGGAGAGAUGCAUAGUCCAUCUGGAUGUCACCAGCCUGGACAUACAGCAGGUCGUUCAAGUGUGUUGGGAGAAUCAGCUCCAUGAUGCGAUGAUCUACGUUUUCAACAGCGGCAUGAAUGACUACAUUACACCUAUGGAGAAACUCUUUGCAGUGAUUGGACCACCACUUAGGGAGAGUAGAAGCCUAACAGAUGAGGAAGUGGUGAUGGGAAACAAGAUUCUAGUGUACAUAAGCUGUUGCCUAGCGGGAAGAGCAUACCCACUAGGAGACAUCCCUGAAGACCUUGUGAUUCAAGUCAAGAACCAGGUGUUUGAGUUCCUGAUCCGUCUCCACUCAGCUGAUUGGUCAGAGGACGAGGAGGUUUUCCCCUUUAUCCGUACACUCCUCCACUUUGACACGCGGGAGUUCCUCAAUGUCCUCGCCAUGACAUAUGAAGACUUUAAGAAUGACAAACAGGCCCUUGAGUACCAGCAGAGGAUAGUGGACAUCUUACUCCAGGUGAUGGUGGACAACCCAGACUUCACUCCCUCCCAGGUGGGCGGGCUCUUCACCUUUUUGGCUCGACAGUUGGCCAAACCAGACAACACACUUUUUGUGAACAGAAAGCUCUUUGAUCAGGUUCUGGAGUUCCUGUGUUGCCCUGACGAUGACUCCCGACACACAGAGAGGCAGCAGGUGCUCCUGGAGCUGCUGCAGGUCGGAGGUGUGUUGCAGUUUAAUGAAGAAAGGUUGUUGGCUUUGGCAGAGAAAGCCAAGUUCUACCAGAUCUGUGAAUUCCUUUACGAGAAGAAACAUCUCUAUGACAGGAUCAUCGACUGCUACCUGAGAGACCCCCUACGAGAGGGGGAGAUCUUCAGCUACAUCCACAAUCUGCUGUCCAUGCCUGGCUACAGCCCUGAAGAGAAACAAACAGUAAAGGAAAAAGUGCUGCAACACAUCCAGGAGCUGGUGACACUUGACCCCAGCAAGUCAGCUGAUGUAGUGGUGUUUCAUUUCACUGAAGAGGUGCAGCUAAUCAUCUCUGAGCUUGAGGAUGAUGAGCUACUUUUCAAGUUCCUCAGCUGCCUCCUGGAGCCCCGGGAAGGGCAUCAUUCAGGGGCCGACCUGCCUCUGGAGCGUGACCUCCAUGAGCGUCUGCUGGAACUACUGUGCCGCUUUGCACCCCAGCAGCUCCUGAGCUUCCUCCAGACCUCCCAGCACUACAGACUGGAGGAAGCCAUACAACUAACAGAGAUGAACCACCACAGUGAAGCCACAGCAUAUCUGCUGGAGAGGAAGGGUGACUUUCAUGGAGCCUUUUCUGUCUUGAGAGAGACACUGAAGGAGAAACUGUGUCUCCUCACUGCGGAGAGUGACACAGAAGCAGAAGACAGACGACAUGAUGAAGAUGAGAGAACAGAUGAUUCAACACUGACCAGAGUAAAGGAUUCACUGAAUGACAUCAUCGCCUUGUGUCAUCGAAGCUCACACAACCUCUACCAGCAACAAAGAGAGGCUCUGUGGUUUCCACUUCUGGAGACCAUGAUGGCUUCUCAGAAACUAGUGAAGGGGUCCAAUCCCAAACACACCUCUGAAGUGUUGAAGGAGCUGACGAUGAAGGUUCUCAACUCUAUGAGCAGCUUCAUUCCUUUGCCUGCCAUCAUCCAACGAAUACUGCAGGACCCGGUUUAUGGGAAAGGAAAGCUUGCAGAGAUCCAAGGCCUUAUUCUGGGUAUGCUCGACACCUUUAACUAUGAACAGACUUUACUUGAAACAACCACUAGUCUGUUGAACCAUGACCUCCACUGGUCCCUGGCACACCUCCGUGCUGCUGUCACAAGGGGACUCCACCCACGCCAGGACCACUGUAACAUCUGCCUCCAGCAAUACAAGAGAAGGCAGGAUUCAGCUGAAGAGAUCAUUGUGUUCAGCUGUGGCCACCUGUACCACUUCCAGUGCCUGCAUCAGAAGGACUGUGGUUGGGGCCUUGCCUCAGACCGGCAGCAGCGCUGGAGCUGCUACAAGUGUUCCUCCAGCCAUGGAGGGAAGGGAGGCUCUUCCACUGAACCAAACAGAAGCCGUAGCAUGUCACUGGCACAGACUCGUGUUACAUCAGUGCAUCAUGAUGAAGGAGCAGAAGCUCACAGGAAGAAGGUGUUUGUUGAGGCAUCAUUGGACCUUCAGCAGGAACAGUCCUGGGAUCAGCUACGCUCUUUAUACCGAGGCCCCUCCAGGUUGUCCAUCCUUUCAGAGCUCUCCCAUUGCCACAGCGAGAAGACGGGGCCUCUGAUCCCGGCCCAACCAGGAGCAGAGAAUUUCCAACUGAAACUCGCUCCUCCACCUCUGUUGGAGGAGUAGCAUAGUUACUGAUCAACAUUUCCAUCAUUUGUCCAGAUACAAGUAGAAAUUUAAACUUGAAGGAGACUUUCUUGAUAUUUUCGUUGUGAAUUGUAAAUUUCUUUUUUAUUGUGACAAAUUUGAUAUUGUAUAACUGUUAUGUAACUAUAUAAAAAAUUAUUAUUAUUUCAAACAAACUGAAUCCAUGUAUCAGAAUGCCUUUUCCACCAAAGGGAACUGAGUGCUAGUGCUGGUUCAACUUAGGAGCCUUUGAAGAACCAGUUUGCUUUUCCAUGGGUUAAAGCCGCCUUAAGGCUACAUCACUGCAUCACCAUAUACGUCAGUGUCUACAUCUCUAUGCCUCAACUGUAUAAAUUAACCCACAUACUGGCAUUUAUUAUGUUACAUUAAAUGAUACAUAUCCAUUCAUUAAUUAAUUUAGUCCAACCUUACUCCAGUUGCUCUCAUCUUUCUCUGUCUCUCUCUGACACACUGACACUGACUUGUUUGUAACUACUGCUGCAUUAUCAUUAUCAAUGCUUUUCUACAAUGAAUCUUUCUACAGACCUUUCAUUACUCUUUUUAUCCCCCUGCCUCGCUUACUGAGACAUAUACAGACACACACACCGACACACACACACACACACACACACUUUGUUUUCAGACAAAUCUGUAAACUCCAGAAUGGGUAAAAACAACAGAAUUUGGGCUUCACUGACACACUUUUUGCACAUCGAGCAGAGAGGUGUGGUCAAGUCACAAGUGGUGACUAAAUAACCUGCUAACGUAGGCUAGUCUUUCCUCUAGACCAGUGGUUCGCAACCUUUUUUCAGUGACGUACCCCCUUCGAAGAAAAAAUUCUGCCGAGUACCCCCUAACCAGCGCAAAGCAUUUUUGGUUGAAAGAAAGAUGUAAUGUGAUUUAUUAAGCCUUGUAACUAGACACAUUCAAAUUUAAAACUCCAUCAAUGUCCAUAACAUUGCUCAUUUGCAGUGGUCUCUCUUGAACUAUUUCGAAAUAAAAAGAUAUAAAAAUAACUAAAGACUUUUAUUAUAAUCUCAUUAUAAAUAAAGAUUUGUGCACCUCAAAAUAAUUAUCAACUUAAAGUGACCUCUUUUGGGAUCAUAAUAAAGAUAUGUUCUCAAACUGAACUCAUGAACACAUGAACGUGGCAUCUAUUGCACUUCUGUCCGUCCUGGGAGAGGGAUCCCUCACAUGUGGCUCUCUCUGAGGUUUCUACAUAUUUUUACCCUGUUAAAAGGGUUUUUUGUAGUUUUUCCUUACUCUUGCUGAGGGUUAAGGACAGAGGAUGUCACACCCUGUUAAAGCCCUAUGAGAUGAAUUGUAAUUUGUGAAUAUGGGCUAUACAAAUAAAAUUUGAUUGAUUGAUUGAUGAACUUAAUUAUAGCUAAACACUUCUUCCCAAAAAAUAAAUCAUUAACUUGGUUUUAAAUAAAAGAUUAGCUCAAAACAUAUUCUUUUAAUAUUUAUCAUCUUAAAAUAUCUUCUUUAAGGAUCGAAAAGAAUACUGACAGGUAGCUUGUUUCCGUUGGCUUCGGGGAGGCUUUUCGCAUCGUGUCUUGAGAUGACCUGAAUUCAGAAAGUUUCCUCUUAAAAAACUCAGGUGGUUUACCAACAUGACUUUCAUGUUUUGUCUGGAGAUACCGCUGAAGAAGUGGUGGCUUAAUGCCACUGUUGGCUAAUCUCUCCCCACAGAAAAAAACUAAAAGUGAAAAUAACCCAAUCUAUAUAACCCAUAUUAUUGAAGCGUCUUUCUGUUAUUUUAUUGUGAAAUAUUUGCUCGCUUUAAGGUCAUACAAUUUCAUUUCUGCUUUUGUAUUACAUGCUUUUAUUUUGAAAGGGUACCGGUGGAGACGCGGACUUCUUGUUAUGAAUCAUUAACUUCACAUCGAAAAACUUUUACGUUUUAGCGCCCCUCCGAAGAGGCACAAGCUCUCACGGUGUUGUUUAGGGAAGGCUCUCUGCUCUGGUUUCGCCUUCUUUGGCGCUUGUCCCUCCUUGUUUCAGCAGCAUUGCUGCUGCACUUCAACUCGACUCCAUUGUUGAAGUUUUCAAGGCAGGUGAUGUCAGGCGAUGACAGGUGGCGUGUGCCAGGUUGGGUCAAACCAUCGGUAUGGGGGAGACUGUUUUUUUAUGAUAAUUAAAUUGAAAAUCCUACUGAAUAUAAAAUUUAGGUUCAUGAACUUACACUAAUAUUUUAUUGAAUAUUUGUUAAAUAAAAAAAAUUCAAGGAUUUUUGAAUGGAUGCUAAUUUAAAUAUAUUAAAAACAAAUCUCAAGUACCCCCUGGAGUACCUUCAAGUACCCCCAGGGGUACGCGUACCCCCAUUUGAGAAUCACUGCUCUAGACCAGCACUGUGUUGGGCUUAGCCUGGAACCAGUUUGUGUUGCCAAGAGCCAGUUCUUUGGCCACUGAAACGCACAGAACAGUUUCCACUGGCUCCCAAUUGGCCCUAGAACUGCCAUGGUGGAAAAGGGGCAUAAUAGUGCUUUCACUAGUUCUAAUGAAUCUGUUUUCACUGCACUAAAUUGUCUUUACAUGACUUUUUAUCAAUACACACACUUAUUAAUUUCUAUAAAUUUAGAAAAGUAAAGGGUUUAUUUGGCUCAUGAUUUUGUCUUUUAAUUCGUGAAAACAGUUCAGGGACAUAUUAACAAGAUUAAGAACUUGACUUUUGUUGGAGGUGUUUGAAUGUACUUUUUUUUGUAGAAUCACACCUCUGGCUGCGUGCCACCACACAGAGACAGUAUUUUAGAGACAGAAUAAGGGUAUUCAGGAGGUCACUAUGACUUACAAUAUGUAUUUCAUUCUUUAAACUGAAGGUAAAGUGUGAAUUUAGCAAAGCAGAUUAUUUUCAGUUCAGCCUCUUUUUGCAGGAUUUAUUUCAAAAUCUGAUCUAAUCAGUUUAAUGUUCAUUAAAAAUUCAAUGAAAAAGGUGACAUUUAAUGAAGUGUGAAUAAUUAAAAGCACCUAAAAGUGAUUUGAUUAAAUUAAGUUAAACUAAAAAAUUAACUAAAAUCAAUAUUUUAACUAAAAUAUUAUUAAAUGUGUUUACCUUUAUUUAAUCAAAUCCCUCUCAAUGCAUUAUAUUUAUUUACAGAUAAUAGAAAACACUUAGUUAAAUGUGAACCUUAACAUUGAACUUAUGUAAUUAAGUUACAUAGAAAUUGAAAAUGAAAUAAAAAUGAAAAUAUGUCAGCAAGAAAACACCACCCCUAUUGCUAAAUCAUCCAAAAUGGACACAGUAGAUAAACCUGCUAAAUAAAUCCUUCCAUUGAUUAACUGAAAUUAUGAUAGGAGAUUAGGAAGGAAGCCCUGUGACACGGCAUGAGUUACUGGAUGGCAGAGGCAUUUCACCUCAACACUGCAGACAUCAUGCCAGGUGAAACACUGUUUACCUGACACACUCAGUCAAAUUACCAUGAUCUCAUUUGCAGAACCUCUCAUAGGGUGGAAUAUAACUAACUGACAGGCUUAGAUUGAUGAUGCCUGCCUUUUGGAAUCUUAAUCAUUCUCAGAGAGUCCACCAGAUGUUUGUCUUAUUUACUUUACCCUUUGGGGGAUGACCUUUGACCUAGGGAACCAUCUCUUAACAGUUAACAGAUGGGCUCAGAAGGAAGGUUCUUGACCAGUGUGCCUUCAUGUUCGGACACAAAGAUGUGUCCUUAUCUAGUCAGAAAUCCCAUGUGGGAUGCGUUAUACUUGAAGUCAUGGGUGGAACCAAACUGCCUAUAUAACUGUGUGUAAGACUCCUGCAAGUCAGACUUUCACUAUUGGCUGUGUGUCUCCGGGUAUCUAGAUGCCCGUCCCGACCUGUAAUUUCUUGUAAUAAACCUUGUUACACUGAAA